CUGGUCCGUGUGUAUCAAAUGUAAAAAUGUCUGGGUCUGGAAGAAUGCAACUUGUCAUGCUAAAUCUGAAGCAAGCAAAAAUCUGUGUUGCAUGAGUGCCAAAAGUCGCCCAGUUUUGACCAUGUCGGGCGGGAGUUCUUUCUCAUGCAGAAUAAGCAUGAGAGAGAUCGCACAGAAUGUGUCAUGCUAGCUCCUGCAUUCCAGACCUCAUGGGUCAUGGAAAAGCUGCACGACAAACCGCCCUCUUUCCAGACCCAGACAUUUUUGCAUUUGAUAGUGUGAUGGGAACCACCAUAGACAAGCCGUGGCACGACUCCCGCGGGCCGGCGUUCAACUGUUCGCAUUUUUACGAGCAGCUGACGGUCCGCAAGAUGACGGCAACGGAUUCGACCGUCGCGGAAAAAUUUGGAAGCGAGAUGGAAAAGUUCAUUGAACGAUACGACAGCGGAAACGCGGUGUGGACCACAAGCACCACUACAACCACGACCACAACGGGGUUCGAUUUUUGUAGGUGUUUGGAAAUUGAUGCGGGAACCGCGAAUGCGACAGCGAACUUCUGCGCCAACGCGACGACCAGUAGUACCUCCCCCUCGGCGGUAAGCGCGUCGUCGCCUCUCACCUGUUUCAAUUGCACUGACGGUAG